AAGUUUUGACAUUUAGUUAUUUUUAGGGAAACAUUGGAAUUGGUUGUUAUUUUAUUAACUAUUCCUUGUUUAGAACUUUUAUUUGAUAAUUGGCGGAAGUACGCGCCGCGCACAGUCACGCCGCGCAAAUAUCAAACUUCGUUCUCAACGGCGAAUGCUUGCGCAGUGUUACACGCAGAGGUCACGUGAUUGCAGGUUUAUCCUGGUCGAGUAAGACAAACUCAGUCUUUUUGAACGUUUGUUACAUCUUAUCGUAUUUGUUCAUAGCUGUUGAACGGCUUAACAGAACAAUCCAAUCAUGGUUAAUUUCACAGUCACAGAAUUGCGGAGGGCAAUGGACUACCCAAAAAACAUCCGUAACAUGUCAGUUAUUGCUCAUGUUGAUCAUGGCAAAUCUACCCUGACCGAUUCUCUUGUCUCCAAAGCAGGUAUCAUUGCCAACGAGAAAGCUGGAGAGGCUAGGUUCACUGACACAAGGAAAGACGAACAGGAGCGAUGUAUUACCAUCAAAUCCACCGGUGUUACCUUGUAUUACGAACUGGACGACUACAACAUGCAGUAUUUGGAUGACACUCAAUUCCACGAGGGAAAGAAUGGUUUCCUCAUCAACCUGAUCGAUUCACCCGGUCACGUUGAUUUCUCUUCUGAGGUAACCGCUGCUCUGCGAGUAACUGACGGAGCCCUGGUAGUGGUUGACGCUGUCAGUGGUGUCUGUGUGCAAACUGAGACCGUCCUCCGACAGGCUCUUGCUGAGAGGAUCAAACCCGUACUUUUCCUGAACAAGAUGGACAGGGCUCUUCUCGAGCUCCAGCUGGACAAGGACACUCUGUACGACACAUUCCGUAAGAUCGUAGAGAACAUCAACGCCAUCAUCACCAUCUACGGAGCUACCGGUGGUCCCGAGAGGAUGGUUGGCCCUGUUGAGGGUACCGUCGGAUUCGGUUCCGGUCUCCACGGGUGGGCUUUCAGUUUGAAACAAUUCGCUGAUACCUACACCAAGAAAGAUAAGGCAAAGUGCGACAAAUACAUCCCGAAACUGUGGGGAGAUCACUACAUAGAUCAGGCUGGAAAGUGGUCUAAGAAGCCUGGUGAGGGAAAAAUGCGUGGUUUCUGCAAGCUGAUCCUCGACCCAAUCUUCAAGAUCUUCAACUUCUGCAUGAAGUCCAACGAACCACUAGAGGCCAUCAAAUUCGCCGAGAAACUGAAGGCUGAGUUCACCUCUGCAGAGAAAGAUCUAGAGAAGAAAGCUCUUUUCAAGAUCAUCAUGAAGAAGUGGCUGCCAGCUGGAGACACCCUACUGGAAAUGAUCUCCAUCCAUCUUCCUUCUCCCGUAACUGCCCAGAGAUACAGAGCUGAGAUGUUGUACGAGGGACCCCAAGACGAUGCCUACGCUAAGGGUAUCCAAGACUGCGAUCCUAAAGCACCCCUCAUGAUGUACAUCUCCAAAAUGGUACCGACCAACGACAAAGGACGAUUCUACGCUUUCGGACGUGUCUUCUCAGGAACCGUCGGAUCUGGAAUGAAAGUCAGGAUUAUGGGACCCAACUUCAUCCCCGGAAAGAACGAAGAUCUCAACAUCAAGACCAUCCAGAGGACCGUUCUGAUGAUGGGUCGAUAUACUGAGCACAUUGACACUGUACCCGCUGGUAACACAGUUGGUCUUGUCGGAGUUGAUCAAUACAUUCUCAAAACCGCUACCAUCACCAACGAGAAUGGCAAGGACGCUCACAACAUGAAACAGAUGAAAUUCUCUGUAUCCCCUGUGGUCCGUGUCGCUGUCGAGGCCAAGAACCCUCAGGAUCUCCCCAAACUUGUGGAGGGACUCAAGAGGUUGGCCAAGUCCGAUCCUAUGGUGCAGUGCUUCAACGAGGCAAAUGGUGAACAUAUCAUCGCUGGUGCUGGAGAACUCCAUCUUGAGAUCUGUCUUAAGGAUCUGGAGGAGGACCACGCCUGUAUCCCCAUCAAGAGAUCUGACCCAGUUGUGUCGUACAAGGAAUCUAUCGCCAACGUCUCUGACAUGAUGUGCCUGUCUAAAUCACCUAACAAGCAUAACCGUAUCUUCUGUAUGGCUCAACCCCUCGGAGAGGAAUUCUCUACAAUGAUUGAUGACGGAACCAUCACCCCAAGACAGGACAACAAAUCACGAUCCAAAUUAAUCGCCGACAAGUUCACAGAGGAAAACGAUUUGCUGACAAACUGGAACCGAACUGAUGCUCUUAAGAUCUGGUGUUUCGGACCUGACCAACAAGGUCCCAACUGCGUCGUUGAUGUUUCCAAGGGAGUCCAGUAUCUGAAUGAAAUCAAGGACUCUGUCGUUGCUGGAUUCCAGUGGGCUGCCAACGAAGGUGUAUUGUGCGAAGAGAACAUGAGAGGAGUGCGAAUCAACAUUCACGAUGUAGCUCUGCACGCUGAUGCUAUCCACAGGGGAGGUGGUCAGAUCAUUCCCACCACUCGACGUGUCUGCUAUGCCUCCGUCUUGCGGGCUGACCCAUGUCUUCUUGAACCUAUUUAUCUGUGCGAGAUCCAGUGUCCUGAAGCUGCUGUUGGAGGUAUCUACGGAUGUCUCACCAAGCGAAGAGGAAUGGUGUUCUCAGAAUCUCAAGCUGAGGGAACUCCCAUGUUCUACGUCAAAGCUCACUUGCCAGUCAUGGAAUCUUUCGGAUUCUCCAGCGCACUGAGGGCCGCAACUGGUGGACAAGCUUUCCCACAAUGCGUAUUCGAUCAUUGGGCUGAGAUGCCAGAUAACCCAAUGAAAGAGGGAACAAAGACCCACACUAUCAUCAUGAAAACAAGGAAGAGGAAGGGACUUAAAGUUGAACUUCCAGUUUUCGAAAACUAUUUCGACAAGUUGUAGGAUGUUUUACCAGUUCCUCCUGUUUUAAAGAUUGAAUUGCGGUGGUUUUUACAUUACUCUUAAAUUUUUGAGUUUUAAAUAGUCA